AUGAAGCUUGCCGAAGCAUUAAUAUUACCGAAAGAUUACGAGAAAAAUUUGGAACAGUUAGAGAGUCGAAUAGUAGAUAAUUGCAAGUUCAGCAAGGAGACGAUCCGUCAGAAGAUCCCGAAGAGUUGA